AGGUUCUGAGGAGCUUCUGUCGCUACAUGAGACCUGUGGACUUAACACGGACCUGAAGAAAUGAGGAAACAGAUUUUCAGUCUGGAUGUGCUGCAGUUUUCUGUCGUCUUACUGCAGGUUCACUUCUGCUGGAGUCAGAAUACACUGGUCAUUCCCUCUCAGCCAAUCAUAGCGUCCGCUGGCAGUGAUGUCACUCUGCCCUGUCAGUUGGACCCUGUUAAAGACCUCAGGGACAUGGUGGUGGAGUGGUCACGGCACGACCUGACGCCGCGCUACAUCCACAUCCGCCGGGACGGUCUGGACUUCCUCAUAGACCAGAACUCCCUGUACCUGGGCCGCACCUCUGUGUCCGAGAGCCGACUGCAGCAGGGGGACAUGUCCCUGAGUCUGACCAGAGUCAGGGCCAGUGACGGGGGCAAGUACAGCUGCUACAUCCCCCUGAUAAACAUCAAAGCAGAGGUCACUCUGAUGGUCGUGUCCGUGGCCCCUCCCUCGAUGAGCCUGAUCAAAGAGCGCUCGGGGUCUCCCGUGCUGAGGUGUGAGUCCAGGGGCUGGUACCCGGAGCCGGAGCUGGAGUGGCUGGACUCAGAGGGGACGGUUCUGCUCAGGACUGAGGCUCAGAGAGGAGCGAGCGAGGAGCUGUUCAGUGUGAGCAGCAGACUGAGUGUGGAGCAGAGGCUCGGCAACACGUUCACCUGCAGAGUGAGACAACAGGAGAGCGGCCAGAGCAGAGAGGCCCAGCUCAGCAUCACAGAUAAUUUACUGGAGCCUUGUCCCUCCUGCUCUUUGUCCUGGAUCCUCUUCUCUUUGAGUUUGAUUCUGUUUCUUGCAGCAGUUGCUGUUUUGGUCGUGUGGAAGUGUAAAAUUAAAAGAAAGAAAUCUGACAGUAAAAGAAUUGAACUUGGAGAAAAAGAAGAAAGAGAGAGUAUGAUGAAAGAAGAGAUUACAAAUCUACUGAAGCAACAAGACGAGACACAGAGACUUCAGCUGAAGGAAAACCUGGAGAAGACUGAGACUGAGCUGCGUUAUGUCAAUGAUGUGAUCAACAGACUGACUGUGGAAAAAGAUGUAUUAAUGAAAUUCAAGGAGGAACCUCUGGAAGCGAUUCAUAAUCUGAAGAUUUUAAUAGAGACAGAGAAGAAAAAGUUGGGUCCUAUAUUGAUUAAGGAUAAAUCUAAGAAACAGACACAGUACGUCGAAACCCUGCAGAGAGAAAACUAUAUGCACAUGAAAACAGUUGAAGUACUUGAUAAUCAAAUAAAGACAUUAGAGGAGGUGAUUUCGGUGUCAGUACAGAGAAAAGGACAGUUGGAGGCAGAACUUCAGCAGAUGGAAAAACAGAAGAAGCGUCAGGAAACAAAGACACAGCAGGAGACAAGAGAAGAAGAAGAAAAGGUGAAUGUUCAGGAGAAUGUUCAGGUGAACGCUCAUGAUCAGCCUCAAAAGUCUCAGGUUUAG